AUGUGCCCAGAUAUCAACUCUCUUCCGCAGUCUCGCUCAUCUUCCACCUCUUCAUCCCUCCCUCACCGCAACCCCCCGACUGCCUCUCCAGGGACCGCCCCCGCUCCAAUGAACCCCAACACGACUUCCCCUCGACCCUCCCGCGGAUCAAGUGCGGGCCGACUAUCGGUUUCCGAACGACGCCGGUCCGCUGCCGGCAUGAAUCUAAACCUGAACGAGUCGCCUAGCGCCUCGGGAAAUCACGGCGAGAGCCCCUGGGCCGACCACCGCUCCUCCAUCGGCCAUGCAUUCCGUACAGCCAGUCCCACCAGUCACGGCGGCAGCCCGGUCUUUGCGACAGCGGACCCGCAUCACCAGCGCGCACCUUCUCUCGGCGAGCUACACCAGGAAUUAGAACAGGAGCAAGAGGCGCAAGUGAACCGUCUACUGCAGAUGAUUCGCAGCCAGCAGGCCCAGCUACAACAAUUCCAACAACAGUCCACGCAGCCGGGUGCCAGCACAGCAGUUGUCGACGAACUUACUCCAUCCGAACGGUCCUCCUCGUUUUCCCUUCCUAUCCCCCCGCCUGUGCAGGCACCCAGCAGUCGGCUGUCGAUCUCUUCGGUUUCCAAUCGCCGAUCCUCACGGCCACCCAGUCAAACGACAUCUCCAAAUUUGCAACCACAAGAUGCGUCGCGAGGAUCCGAAGGCACGGAGGCAUUCCCAGCACUACCGAAUUCAUCGCGCCGUGGAAGCCGAGAUGAAAAUACAUACUACCAAGCUGAGGCAGCCAUGUUGAGCCGAGAAAAUCAAAUGCUACGACAAAGAAUUCGAGAAUUAGAACGACAGAUAGGAGACCUGACCGUCUCUGCGAGACCAUCGGCCUCCCCAGCUACUGGAUCGGGUGAUACAUCGGGGCAAGAGGGGGCCGAAGCGGCGGACCCGCCUGCCGUCAGAUCGGCAGACGGGAAAGACUGA